GAGCGAGACCGGCCGCGCGUCUGAGCCUUGGCCUGGCCGGUCACCCAUCUGCCUGUUUUUCAGUUUCUGGAUUCUGCCUGGUUUGGCGGGCUCCCGGUGAAUUCUCGCGUUGUUUCUCAACUUCGAAAUGGCACCACUGCAGUAUUGGACUACGGCAAGAUCGGCCGGUGGUAUCACGUUACAUGAUGGGGGGAAACGACAGAAAAAGUGGCAAAAGACUCGCAUCUCAGGACCAGCAGAGGAUACGGGAGCUGCUCGAUGAAGUUUUGGACAAAUGCACGACGAUGCCUUCGGGGGACGCGAAGAAGGAAUGGAAGGACUUCUUAGAAGUUCAGAAACUGCUGCAAGAAGUUCGGGAUUUGGAAAAACCUUUAGCCCCAAACUUGCCAAAGCGAUCCAACAAGUGGCCAGCUUUUCUUAAAUGGUGCUCAGGUAACGGUGCUUACCUUGGCGGUGUGUCUAUAAAGGACCUGCCUGAUGACGAAUGCGGCUUUGUCGCUGAUGAACAAAUUGAGGAGAGCAACCAAUUCCUUGGUGUGCCAUUGAAGCUCAUGAUGACCACCGCUGCAGCGAAGAAAUCUAAGCUUGGUCCUCUUUUAAGAGAUGAUCCCAUUAUGAAGAGCAUGUCCAAUGUGUCUUUGGCCAUGUUCCUCAUCCUUGAAUUUUGUGCUGGUGAAUCAUCGUUCUGGCACCCCUACAUAUCAACUCUUCCAGCAUCAUUCAAUACUGUUUUGUAUUUCAGCGUUGAAGAACUUGAACUCCUUUGUGGGUCAACUGUAGUCGAUGAAGCCUUGAAGUUGCACAGAAGCAUUGCUAGGCAAUACUCCUAUUUUCACAAGAUUUUUCGGACACACCCUCUUGCCAAGAGCCUUCCUUACAAGGACUGCUUCACAUAUGAUCUGUACAGGUGGGCCGUGUCUGCUGUGAUGACGCGACAGAACGCUGUACCCUCGACGGACGCUGCUGGUGGUGACGAUGGCACUGACGCCAUGACGGCUCUGGUUCCGCUUUGGGACAUGUGCAACCACAGCGACGGCAAGGUAUUGACAGAUUACGACUCGUCAGCCAACAUGCUGCGUUGCUAUGCCAUGCGGGACUUCCAGACUGGCGAGGAGGUGACCAUCUUCUACGGGAAGCGCACCAACGCCGAGUUCUUCAUCCACAAUGGUUUCGUGUUCCCGGACAACCGAUACGACGCCGUGGACAUCAAGUUAGGUGUGAGCAAGCAGGACCCGUUAUACGCCAUCAAGGCGAAGCUUUGCGAAGAUCAUGACCUCACUCCAAGUGGAACCUUCGCACUCGUCGCCCGAGAUCGCCCGGUGUGUGAAGACCUCUCGACGUUCCUCAGGAUCCUCGUGCUGAAGGACGCCUCUCAAGUGGCGACGUUCACUGACGAACACAUUAUGGGAGCAACCGAUGACAACGCACAGCAAGCGCUCAACUUCCUGAUUGUCCGCAUCCAGCUGCUGCUCAGGGCGUUCCCAAAGAGCGACCAGGAGUACGAAAACAUCAUCAACGACAAAGGAUCUAACGCCAGGCUCAAGAUGGCGUCGCAGCUGAGAUUGCUGGAGCGCAAGAUCUUGACCAUCGUGCUCGAGACCCUUAACAACUGCGCAAAACAGCGCAAUCAAUCUUAAAUGCUGAUCUGCUUCUUCACUGAGCCCGCGGUGUAAACAACGCAACCGCGUCACAUCGCGUCAACAGAGUUCUUUGUUUUUUGUAUCGCUGCCAUUCUGCCGUUACUGCAAUACUAUGUUCGCCACAUGUCAGUUUUACUGCUUGAACAAUAGCUAAGCCACAGCAGGCGCAUGGGCAUCGCGGAAUUCCAGGUACGCGCAGAUUUACAUGCUUGUUUGCCGAGAUGCUAGGGCUAAUGGUAGGGCGGUAUGCCUUUCUACGGGUAGCUGUGCCUUCCACGGUAAGGCGGCAGAGCUUGCAUGCUUAGGGCCAGACAAUGAAAUCUUCCUUACCUCAGUAAGGAAGCCUUCAUUGCAGUGAGGCUACCUUAUGUCACUCUGAAAGGUUCCUUACUGAGGCGCCCUCCGUGAAGGCUUCCUUGGUGCUUCCUUGGUACUUCCUCAGCAUAAGAAGCCAAACAAUGAAAUCUUCCUUACCUCACUAAGGAAGCCUUCAUUGGGGUGAGGCUACCUUAUGUCACUCUGAAAGCUUCCUUACUGAGGGGCCCUCGGUGAAGGCUUCCUUGGUGCUUCCUCAGCAUAAGGUAGCUCCAAAGCUACCUUCAUGCGUCCUUACGCCGCUCCUGGCCCUGAACGAGCGCUUCACCUCACUGCUUAACCACAUGGCAUUCGCUUGCGCAUGCGCACUGUCGCCCACCUGCGGAGAAGAGCGAGCACGGUAUGUCUUGCCAGGCAUGUUCGUUUCAGUCACGCGUGCGACAUGCAAGCAUUGCUAGGCGUUGCAAGACGCCGGCGUGCCAGCGUUGCUGGAGCAUAUCAAGUUUUGCACUGUAAUGCGCAACUUUUUUUUAACUUUAGUAAACGAAACUAGAAGAAAGCGUCCACGCUUCUCUAUAUUAGCUAUUCAAUUUAAAGAUUGUGCGACGAUACAACAUUUUUUAAUAGAAUAAUGGUGUUCGCGGAAAGAUUUGAAGAGAUAAUCUCGAACCCAGGCACGCGGCAACCGCUCCUUAGGUGAGGACGGGUGAAGGGAGCUUUCAGAGUACGCUUGCUUCCUCCAUCGGUCCUUCGCUGUAAGGAGGCCUCACGUAAGGUUAGGAAGCGCUCGAAGGAAAGGAACUAGGGGUGUGCGAAUAUUCGGAAUUUCGAAUACGAAUCGAAUAUUUUCCAUAUUCGAAGCGUAUUCGAUUCGAGAAAUGCAUGUUCGGAAAUUCACGAAUAUCCGAGGACGGCCGAAUAACGGUGGAAACGGCGAAUAUUCGGAUAGACUGCGAAUAAUUGAGCAAUUAACCAAUUGUAUGCUUGCUCCGCAUUCUCCUAAGAACAUGUUUAUUAACUGAGAACUUCGCAUGAUCCGCUCAUUAUCUGUAUGCUCUAUUUCAGUCUAUCUGCUUCAGGCAUUUGAGACAUGAUCAGUUUCGGUUUCUUUUUCACCAAGCUUUAUAAUUCCAAUUAUUUUGGAAUGCCCCAUUGCCUCGAAAAUUGCAAAGGCAACUCAGGGUUUGCUAACAUUGAUUCAAGAUGUAUCAAGGCUCUUUGUGCGGAGUGGAAAUUUGAUGAAGUGGCCAGCCUAGGCAUGUUUUUUGAUCCGCGCUUUAUGGCCACAGUUCAUCAGAUGAUCAUGUCAGAUGAUCUGGCUGAAAAACCUUGUGACAAGGGAGCUCCAGGAAGCCGUCGUGGAACACCAUGGGGACACCGCCGUGCCAGCGUCGACUUCGUGUCCACUGGUGGCAUCGAGUGUAUGGAAUGCUUUUGACGAUCUAGUGAUGAACAAAGAGAAGACACAUUUGGCAUCUGCCCCUGAGAGGGAAGGUACAGACUACGCGCAAAAGCCUCUUCUGGAAAGGGGCAUGAAUCCUUGUGAGUGGUGGCAGUCCAUUGGCCGCUUCAGGUACCCGCUUUUAAGUGCACUCGCCCGGAAGUACUUGGCGAUCCCUGCCACUUCAGUUCCUAGUGAAAGAGUCUUUUCUACCGGUAGAAAUGUGACAGUGCAUAGAGAGCGUUUACUUUCUGGCCAUAUUGAGCAGUUAAUUUUCCUUCACGACAAUCUGUAACAAGCGUUUUACCUGACUGAGGGCAUUACCUGAGUCCGUUAUCUAUAAUUGAGUACCUCUUUAAUUUGAAGCAACCUUGUAAAAUGCAAUGUUAUUUUUAAAAGGGUAAUAAAGCUAUUGUUACCUCUCUUGCAAUUUUUUAAUACUACACAUGUAUUCGAUAUUCGAUUCGAUAUUCGAAGAGAGUUCUUCGUCUUAUUCGUAUUCGAUUCGUAAUCGAAAAUUUCAAUAUUCGCACACCCCUAAAAGGAACGUUUUAUUGUUUGGGCCAAGCUACCUUCAUGCGUCCUUACGCCGUUCCUGGCCCUGAACGAGCACUUCGCCUCACUGCUUAACUACGUGACGUUUGCUUGCGCGUGCGUGCUGUCGCCCACCUUCGGAGAAGCGCGAGCACGGUACGUUUUGCCAGGCACGUUCGUUUCAGUCACCCGUGUGGCAUGGAAGCGUUGCUAGGCGUUGCACGACGCCGGCGUGCCAGCGUUGCUGGAGCACAUCAAGUUUCGCACUGUAAUGCACUACUUCUUUAGAUUUAGUAAACAAAACUAAAAAAUAGCGUCCACGCUUCUCUAUAUUAGCUCAUCAACUUAGAGAUUGUGCGACGAUACAACCUUUUUUAUUGAAUAGGGGUGUUCUGGUGUUCGCCUAAAGCUUUUAAGAGAUAAUCUCGAACCCAGGCAUGGCGGCAACCGCUCCUUACGUGAGGACGGGUGAAGGGAGCUUUCAGAGUAUGCUUGCUUCCUCCAUCGGUCCUUCGCUGUAAGGAGGCCUCACGUGAGGUUAGGAAGCGCUCGAAGGAAAGGAACGUUUCAUUGUUUGGGCCUUAAUAGCUAAGCUGCAAUAGCUGCAUGCGCAGCGCGUAUUAGCCACGGCGUGAACGCUUACGCGAUACAUUGGCGAGGUAUACCGCUCUAAAUAUAAAGCGCGGUAUACCGCCCUAAAAUUAACGGUAGAGCGUUUUAUGGCCGAGCAGUAUACCUCAAAUGCUCAAGCAUUUGAUGUUCCGCUCUACCGUUAGAAAUACCGUCUCGGAAACUUAGCAAAUAACUUUGCAAGUGCUUAAGCCGUACUGCGCAAUCACAUGCGUUGUUGGCUAUUUUCGCGCGUGCUCACCGGUGGCCGAGAUGGUAUAGCAGCAAGGAUAGAGCAGUAGCAGUGCGCUUAAUCUCUCAAACAUGAGCGCUGAUUCAGCGUCAGAUGCGGCAGCCUUUCGGCGUGGCGCUCUGAGCUUUUACCAAGGGCGUGUCGAAGUGAACAUUGCAGCCCACCGGAUGUGUCCCCCAGCUGUGCCUAAAACAAGGAAAGAAAACUUCGUUUGGAAAUGUCAGAACUCUUAUUUAUUUACUGAAUAAAAGAGGUCAGAAUGCAGUG